AAGUUUGCGCGGAAGUGAAGAGAGGGAAGAAAAACUUUCACAGAAAAACUUUCGGCGUCAUGAUGAGGAUGAUAGUGAUGAUGAUGAACCGGAUCAGCCAGACUCUCUGAGAAAACAUUUUGCGUUGCGUUUACUGUUAAGACUUUGCUACAGAUCUCAUCAUCAUGGGAUUGCCGACUCUGGAGUUCAGUGACUCUUUUUUGGACAGUCCGGACUUUAGAGAAAGACUCAAAUGCCAUGAAAUCGAGCUGGACCGAACCAACAAGUUUAUUAAAGAGUUGAUCAAAGACGGAAACCAGCUGAUCAAUGCGCUUAAGAACCUCUCUUCAGCGGUGCAGAAGUUCUCGCAGUCCUUACAGGAGUUCCAGUUUGAGUGCAUCGGUGAUGCAGAAACAGAUGAUGAAUUAAACAUCGCUCAAUCCUUUAAAGAGUUUUCCCAGCUGCUGAACACCAUGGAAGAGGAGAGAAGACGACUGAUACAGAAUGCAGAUGAUGUUUUGAUCACUCCCUUGGAAAGAUUUCGGAAAGAGCAGAUCGGAGCAGCCAAAGAGGGGAAGAAGAAGUUUGACAAGGAGACAGAAAAGUAUUACUCCACACUGGAAAAACAUCUCAACCUGUCAUCCAGGAAAAAAGAAACAGCUCUCCAAGAGGCUGACGCUCAGAUUGAUAAGGAACGGCAGCUCUUUUAUGAUGCCUCACUAGAAUACGUCUUCAAAAUACAGGAGGUUCAAGAGAAGAAGAAAUUCGAAUUUGUUGAGCCGCUUUUGGCCUUUCUGCAGGGCCUGUUCACGUUCUACCAUGAAGGUUACGAGCUGGCCCACGAAUUUGAACCUUACAAACAACAGUUACAGUUUAACCUGCAGAAUACAAGGAACAACUUUUUGAGCACAAAGCAGGAAGUUGAAAAGCUGAUGAAGAGAGUUCGGUCUGCAGAUCAAGACCAGAAGCCCCCGGGACAGUGGACCAUGGAGGGAUUCCUCUACGUCCAGGAGAAACGACCUUUGGGGUGCAAUUGGAUACGGCAUUACUGUACAUAUGAGAAGAGCCUUAAGGGCUUCAGCAUGUGCAACACCGAGACGAAGGCCACCAAUAAACAGAAUGGAGUAACAGCGAAUCUCCCAGAGACAUUCAAACUGAAGUCCUGCAUCAGGAGGAAGACAGACUCCAUUGAUAAACGCUUCUGUUUUGAUAUUGAAGUGGUCGAAAGAAAUGCCACCUAUCGUGGAACACUUUUCAGACAACUGCAAUUUUUCUUUAAAGCCCGGCAUGGCAUCAUUACCCUGCAGGCACUGUCCGAGUCCAACAGGAGACUUUGGCUCGAAGCUAUGGAUGGCAAAGAGCCGAUCUACAAUCUGCCUGCUAUUCUAAGCAAAAAAGAAGAGACAUCUUUAAAUGAGGCUGGCUUUAAUUUUGUGAGGAAGUGUAUACAGCUGGUGGAGAUGAGAGCAGGGCUCAGCACUACAGGUUUGUACAGAGUUGGAGGAAUAAACUCAAAGGUGCAGAAGCUCAUGACCACUGUCUUCUCACCCAAAGCUCCUCCAGAUAUUGAACUUGACCCAGAAACAUGGGACAACAAGACCAUUACCAGCGGCCUGAAGAACUACCUCAGAUGUCUUUCUGAGCCUCUUAUGACAUACAAGCUCCAUUCAGAUUUUCUUAUGGCUGUCAAAUCUGAUGAUCAGAACUACAGAGUUUGUGUGGUUCACGCGCUGGUGCAUAAACUACCUGAGAAAAAUAAAGAGAUGCUGGAGAUAAUAAUCAAACACUUGCUCAAUGUGUCCAUUCACAGUGAUCGAAACAUGAUGACUGUGUCUAAUCUGGGUGUGAUCUUCGGCCCAACACUGAUGCGUUCACAAGAGGAAACGGUCGCUGCCAUGAUGAACAUCAAAUUUCAAAACAUUGUGGUAGAAAUACUUAUAGAAAAUUUUGAAAAGGUAUUUCACCAGGCUCCAGACCCCAACAUCCCCCUGCCACAGCCUCAGUGUCAGGGUGGGUCCCGCAGGACCAGAGCCAUCUGCCUUACGACUGGACCACGUAAACCCAAGAGUCUCUACACACCAUCAAUGUGUCUGGCAGAUGCAGACAGUGACACGUUCAGCAGUAGUUCUGGCAGCACUCCAAUGGGAAGCAUGGAUUCGCUCUCCUCGCACUCCUCGGAGCAGAACAGCUCCUCCAAGACCCGCUCUUCACCGCAGCCCAAAGACAAACCCCCCUUCCCCGACCUGCGACGGAGCCCUUCCUCCCUGUCCUCUGGUGAGCCACAGGCUCCCACCUGCACUAGCAGUCCAGAGCCCAACUCCAGAGAGGAUGCGGGCCGUGGGGAUGGAGACUCAGAGGAUUCCCGAAGCGUGGGAUCAAUCCCGGCCACAGCCAGGUCUUUAUCGGCACCUGCGAAAGCUCCUCACUUGGAAAUAAAACUCAGAUCGGCACAGCUUAAUCGCUUCAGUGCUCCGUCUUUGAGGUCCUUACACACCACUGCUGUUCGUAGGAGUUGUGUGGGCUCUGUACAGAGUCUAGCAUGUGGGGAGCAUAAAGAUGUCAACAGGGCCAUUAACUACCACGAUCUGCCAUCUAAAAUGGUUCUGAGUCGAAAGCAAGAUGACAACAAAUCCAGCAAUGGCUAUCAGAGGCCAGGAUCUGUGGUGGCAGCCAGAGCUUUGCUUUUUGAGAACCCAUCAGCUGCAAAAGCUCCUCCUAUUGGAAGAGAUGCCAAAGCGAUAUAUUCCUGUAAAGCUGAGGACCACAAUGAGCUGAGUUUCCCACAGGGGGCGCACUUUUCAAAUGUGUAUCCCUCAGUGGAACCCGGCUGGCUCCAGGCGACAUUUGAAGGGAAAACAGGACUCAUUCCUGAAAAUUACGUGGUCUUCCUGUGAAAUCACCCAGGCGAAGACGAGUAUUUCAUGGUAUCCAUGGCAACAUCACUUUCCGAUCUAAAGCUUUUAGUAUAUCACAAGCAUUAAGGGAUCAAUCAUAGCUCAUGUGACAUCAAAAAGUGAUAUUGAAUAAUAAGAGGUUAGGGCCCGGUUUCACAGACAUGGCUUAAGGCUAGUCCCAGACUAAAAAGCAUUUUUAAGCUGAAAAAAACACAACUUAAAAUAUGCUCAAAGUGCAUACCACUAAUGUUUUUUUUUCAAGACACAUAUAUAAAAUCAAGCUACUUAAAGCAAUUAUUGGUCUCAUGAACAAUAAAAUUCUGUAAUUUACUCCCCCUCAAACCUGUAUACAUUUCUUUAUAAAACAUCUGCUUGGUUGCAAACAUUCUUCAAAAUAUCUUCAUUUGUAUAAUAAACCAGAAAAAAGAAAUGUAUACAAGUUUGGAACAGCUUAAGGGUGAGUAAACAAUUUUUUCGGUGAACUAUCCCUUUAAAUGUCCGAAUUUAACCAACGCCUAAUCCUAGCUUAUUCUUAGUCUUGUUUGUGAAAUCGGCUCUAUAUACUGUAUGAUACGCAAGCUUUAAUUGUACAGCACAAGAAUGUGUAAUGUCUAAAUCACAGCUGUAAUUCUGCAUAAAUACGUUUUAAACUGUAAGCUGCUGGUUGGAGCCAAACUGAAUCCUGUGAUGCUCUAAUUCGCAUACAUUAAGAUCAGGACGUGUUAACGUGUGAAGCACCUGUUCUUUUUAAUUCUGCUGUCUGUUCAAAUACUGUAGUUUAGUCAUCAAAUGCAUCAGGUUGGAGAAACUGGUUGCUUUUUAUUUUAGUUAAAGUGCCUUUACUGUGUUUAUGCAUUAUCGUAAUUACCACUGAUUUGAGAUGACAACACAUGAUAUUCACAUCCUUGUUUCUAUAGCAACAGUAACAAUAUUAAAUACAUAAAAUACUGUAAAAUACAUAAUUAUGAAAUUAAAUUACAUUUUAAUGCUAUUGCUAAAUAUUUCAUAGCACAGAAAGUGCAAAAGUAACAGUAAUGGCAUACUGGAAGUGCUUCCGCAUGGGUUGCUGCGAUCAUGAGGUACAAAUCAUAGCUCUCAGGAAACUCCCAGUUCACAAGCUGUAAUUACCAAGUGUACGAGGACAUGAACGCUUCAUACACGUUGAAAGCUUGUAAUUACGAUAAUUACGAUAUGGCGCGAACGCACCACUUUUUGCCUAACAGCUGUCAAAUGAACAGAAAGACGUUUAAUUGAAACCUCAGCAGUAAAAAUGUAAGAUGAUUGACACAUUUCACUUAAAUCAAAGCAUCCUGCCAUGUGAGCAUCUCUGAAGGUCUACAUGACAAAUGUUUGUAAUGUCUUUUCAAGGAAAAAUAUUCAAUUAUUUUAAUUUAACUGUAUUGAACACACAGUACAAGGUCACCUGAAAAAAUGAAUGAAAAACAAUCAAUGAGAAUUUUCUUUAACCAUAAUAAUCAUUAUUUAUAAUUGCAAUCAGUGAAUGAAGACAAAAAUGGAGUUGAAAUAACGUAAGCUUUAUUUUUAUAAUUUAUAGCAACUCACUGUAAAAAGGGAAAAGUUGGAUUAACGUUACUUAAUUACUUCGGUUGGUAACACCUAAACAUUAUAUAUAUUUUCAACUUAUAUGUGAAAAAUACUUUAAAUGAACAAUUUAAGUUGAAUUUUUUUUAAGCUGUUACUAAUUGAAGAAAUUUUUUAGGUUGAUCUUUUCAACUUUUUAUAUCAACAUGUAUUUUUAUGUUCCUUUAACUUAAAAAAAGUUAAAAUUCUUUAACUUAAUUAGUUAAGUUAUGUCAACUUAUCACAAGUCAAAACUUAAAAAAUAUGUUAAAUUGUUGAAAUGAACUGUAAAUUCAAGUUGAUAAAACUUACAAACUUAAGUGGAAAGACGCACAUUCACCUUUAAGUUAGAGGUUGUAAUGGGUUGUGUAAUUUGUGUAACUGAGGGUUUUGCUGGACAGUUGUGAUAAAUAAGAAUUGGGGUGGUUAAAAAAGUUUUGGCAUUCACUAUUUUUGUAUCCAUCAGUUUUUACUAAUGCAAAAAAGUCCAGUUAUGUUUUUAGAUUCAGUUUCCGUGGUUGUUAAUCUUCCAGCUGUCUUAACAUUAAAUGUGGUACGGUCCAAACAUCCCCCUUUUUUAAAUGUGGACUACAGUGUGAACUUAUGUGAUGUCAUCUGCACUGUACAGUCAUACAAAAUUGUAUCAUAAAAGCAAUUAGUUUUAUAUAUAAAUAUGAUUUUUUAUUUUGUGAAUCAUGUAAUUUUUGU